AUGUCACCGCCGCCACCAAAAUACACAGACGUAGUCUGCAUCGGCGCCGGUCUCUCGGGGAUCGCGGUCGGCGCACGCCUAAAGACCCACUACCCCCACGCGAGCGCGCACUUUUACGACCGGAAUACAGACCUGGGCGGGACCUGGCAUGUGAAUACGUACCCGGGCGCCGCCUGCGAUGUCCCGAGCGCGCUGUACAGCUUUAGCUUCGCUAUGAAUGCUGCCUGGUCGUGCGUGACGCCGUCGCAGGUGGAGAUCAAGGAGUAUGUGCUGCGGGUGGCGAGGGAAUAUGGGAUUCCCGAGAGGACGACGUUGGGGGCUGAGGUUUUGGGAUGUGAAUGGGUGGAUGGGAGGGGCGUUUGGAAGGUUAGGGUAAGGAGGAAGGGGGAGGGGGAGGAGAAGGGCGAGUGGGAACAUGAGUGCCGGGUGCUGUUUAGUGCUGUUGGGGGAUUGGUACACCCGAACGUUCCGGAGGUGGACGGAAUGGGAGAGUUCCGGGGGAGGGUUUGCCAUUCGGCGGAGUGGGAUCGGGGUAUUGAGCUUAAAGGCAAGGACGUAGUUGUCGUUGGUAAUGGCUGCAGGUCUCCCCCUCUCUAUCUACUGAGCACUCCAACUGAUCGGUUACCCCUAGGCUCCGCAGCACAAAUCGUCCCGGCGGUUGCAGAAGUCGCUGCGUCUGUGACCCAGAUCAUCAGGAGCUCGCAUUGGCUGGUUAAGGCUCCGAAAAUAAACUACACCUCAUGGAUUCAAUGGAUAUUCCGGAACAUCCCGUUGGCAAACCGACUUCACAGGUUCCUGAUAUUCCUCUUGAUCGAAGAGAGUUUCCGCCUCUUCGGUAGUAGCGAGAGCUCCAAAAGGUACCGGGCGAGGCGAAGGCCGGUAUUGGAAAAAUACAUGCGGGAAGCAUCGCCAGAGGAGUAUCACGGCAUAUUAAUCCCCGAUUACGAAGUCGGGUGUAAAGUACCCCACCCCCGCUUCUCUAUCACUCCAUCCGAUGCUAACAAGCGACCAGCGAAGAGUCCUCGAUGACGGCUACCUAAAAUCCCUCCACGACCCACACGUAGCCCUAGUCAAGUCCGCCAUAACGCGAAUAACCCCAACCGGCAUCCAAACCUCCGCUGGCUCGCACCACAAAGCGCAAGUAAUAAUCUUCGCAACCGGCUUCAGAACGGGCUACUUCCCUCUGCCCAUAAUCGGCAAGCACGGCGUCAGUAUAACCGAUCACUUUGCGGAAUUGGGCGGCCCAGGCGCGUACAAGACUACUGCUAUUCACGGGUUUCCCAACUUCUUCAUGCUGCUGGGGCCGAAUGCCGCAACAGGACAUACCUCCGCACUCAUGGCAAUCGAGAAUACAGUCGAGUAUGCGUUGAGGGUGCUGCGGCCGGUGUUGGGAAGGAGGGGGAGGACAGUGGCUGUGGAGGUCAGGCAGGAGAAGGAAAAGGAGUGGGUUUUGAACGCGCAGAGCGAGUUGGCGAGGAUGGUAUGGGGAUCCGGGUGCAGGACUGUAUGUUCCCUUUCACCCCGUUUUUCCGGCCAAAUGUUGGGGAGCGGUGAUUAAUGAGAGUGAAGUGGUACAAUACCGAAUCCGGCUGGAACGCGAUGACCUAUCCAUGGUCUCAGGCACAUUUCUGGUGGCAUUCGCUGUGGGUUAGUUGGGAUGAUUGGAUCGUUGCUGUAUGUCCCCUCCCCUUCCGCGUUUCCAUUGAUGGCAACUAAUGAUCAAUAAGUAUGACGAAAAACCAACCCUUCCAUCCACAAAAAGCCUACUCAUGUUAAUCUCUUUCAUCGUGGUGUGUGUGUGCGCACUCUUGUUUGGGAGCCCGGUAAGGUGUACAGUUGGAUUGCAGAGGUGGCUUGUUGGUUGUCGGCAGGAGUGGGGAAUAUAUAUUUGAGCGCGAUGAGCAUUUUAGAGUCCUUUAUCCCUUUGCUGCGAAAUGUUUACAGCUCGGAUGGGAUGAUGGGCUUGACUCCGUAUAUAUCAUAUCAAUGAUACAAAAUACAUCUUUUUGCA